AUGGCGCAAAUCUGCGAUGCGACAAGCAAACCAGACACACUCUUGGUUCUCUCUGCCGGGUUCAUAGCAGCCUUGUACAAGGUCAUUGGUGUCGACUUUGCCGCCCAUUUCGUCACAGCUGUGGUUGAACGGUUCCAGAGAGAGCACGAUGCGGCAGAAAAGAUGGCUGCUGAGGCCCGCACCCCGACCAAGGAGACAUCAAACUUGAUCACGGUGCUGGCAGAGAUGUACGAGUUCAAGGUCGUGUCGGGCAAGAUUUUGUUCGACUACAUCAAAUUCCUGCUCCAAGACUUGUCAGAGCUCAAUGCUGAGAUCUUGCUCCGUAUCGUUCGACUGGUCGGAGCGCAGCUUCGGAAGGAUGACCCGUUGGCGCUCAAGGAUAUCGUCAGCCUCAUUCGGCCAGCUGUAGCCAAGAUCGGCGAGGCAAACCUCUCGGUGCGAACCAAGUUCAUGAUUGAGACGAUCAGCGAUCUCAAAAACAACAAGCUCAAGACCGGCGCGCAGGAUCUAGCGGUCCUCCAUGAGCACGUCACGCGCAUGAAGAAGCAUCUCGGCACGAUGGACACAUCAAAGCUCAAGGCCACCGAACCACUCCGCAUGGGUCUUGAUGACAUUCAGGCUGCAGACAAGUCGGGCAAGUGGUGGCUGGUUGGUGCCAAGUGGGCUGGGCAGGGCGGCGAUAGCAAGAAGGCCGAACCGACCGCAGCCAGCGCCGGCGCCGCCGGCUCGGCGGAGGUGGCGUCGGACGAUGAUGUGAUAUUGGAUGACGGACUGGAUAUGCCGAACUACGCCGAGCUCGCACGCGAGCAGGGCAUGAACACGGACCAGACUUUAACGAUGCCUACCUGCGGAUAUUGA